AUGACACAAGAUCGACUUGCUGAUUUAGGCAUUUUAACAAUUGCAAAUAAAAUUGAUAAAACUGUUGACAUUGAAACUCUUUACUACUUGGUGUUGUUUAAAGUGGACGGGACUGUAGCACCUACAAAGGCUAGCUAUAUCAUAGAAAAGGCUGAUAUCUUGGAAGUUGGAUCAGUCUGUCAUGUAAAGGAUAAAAGUGGAAUAUAUGAGGGAAUUGUGGUCACAUAUGGUAGUAAAGAUGAAGUUGAUAAUGUGGAAGAGCAGUAUUUAAAUGGGUUGUAUACUCCCAAUUUUCUGGUUGGUCUGUGUGAUGACAGUGACGAUGAUGAUCAGGACAAUGACAAUAAGGAGAAUGAAGAACCUGAUAGGGAUUUCAUAGAAAAGGAAGAUGUCUCUAGAAAAAGAAAGACAGAUGGUACAGCUAAAUUAUCUAAUAAGGCAAAGAAAAAAUCUGUUCCCAAGAAAACAAAAGAGCUCAAGAAAGUAAAUGAUCAAAAGUCAACCAUUAAUCUUCUUGGAGUAUCAUCAAUUGUGUCUUCAGGUGUAUCCAAUUUUGUGUCUGACACUAUUGUCACCUCAAGUGUUAGUACCACUUCAACUACACCAGUUACAGUUCAAAGUAGUUGCCCUAUCACCACAUCCUCAGUUAUUCCAUCAUCAAUUCUUGAUUCAUCUGACUCUGAAUGUCAAGAAGUGGAGUCACAUAAUGGACCAAAUGAAGAGAUGCUUAAAUCUUGA